AUGGUGCUAAUCAUCAAGGUCGCUGUGACGAUUAGCUGCAUUUUGCAAGGCUAUGUGUUCUCCUCUAAAGGACCUUAUUGCAGUACUGAAGUGGCUCCCUGUGACGCGAAACUUGGCAAUUGCAAUGUUCAAGUGCCUCCCUGUGACGCGAAAGACGGCAAUUGCAAUGUCCAAGUGCCUCCCUGUGACGCGAAAGACGGCAAUUGCGAAAAGAAAGCCUCUCCCUGCCCCACGAAAGACGACAAUCGCGAAGAUACAGCCUCUCCUUGCUCCAAGAAAAAGGGCAAAUGCCGUGGUAAAGCGUCUCCCUGCUCCACGAAAGAUGGCAACUGCGAUGAUGAAGUGUCUCCCGAAGAUCAAGUGCCUCCCGACAAUCGAGUGCCUCCCGACGAUCAAGUGCCUCCCGACGAUCAACUGUCUUCCAAUGAUCAAGGCUCCUCGAAAGGUCCUGAAUGCGGCAUAUUCAGUUUCUGCUCCUCGAGAGUCGGUACUUGCCGCCCCCGCAGUGGUGGUGAGACAAACAGCCGGGUCAUUCUGCCAUCCAAAGAUCCAUGGUACCGAGGAGUAGAGUCAAUCGACCAAAUGGAUUCGGGCCAGGUGAUCAGAGUCCGACCGUCGCCCGGCAAUCUGACGUCGAAGCUCAAGAAUCUCAAAACGUCGGAACAGAUCCUCUUCAGCAGCAGCGACUCGGACGACAAGUCCAUCUGGGGCGUGACGACGGUCUUCGUGCCCAAGUGGAUCAACGUAACCAUGCCCGCCACCGUGUCCUUUCAGAUGACGUCGCUCUCGGCCAACAUUGACGAAAGCCCGAGCUACCUGCUGGCGUCGAAGCAGGCCGACGUGCGGUGGGACGUCCUGGACCGGAUGCUGGGGCUGGGCUGGCACGUUCUCGUGCCCGACCACGGCGGCCCGCUCGCGAGCUACAGCGCCGGCAAGAAGGCCGGUCAGCUGGUGCUCGACUCCAUGCAGGCCUUUUUCGACCUCGCGGGCGGCCGCUACGGGCUCAAGGCCAACUCGGUCAAGUUCGCGGCCUGGGGCUACUCGGACGGCGCCGCCGCGACGGCGUGGGCGUUUAUUCGCAAGACCAAGCACGCGCCGUGGCUGCAGGGCCGGCUCCGGACGUACGCCAUGGGCGGGCUGCCGGUGAACCCGCUGCGCAUGCUGCUGGCCCUGGACCAAACCGAGGACACGGUCAAGGUCAUCACUGGCCUCUCGGGCCUGAUGACGGACUAUCCCGAGUACAACGGGACGAUGCAGCGGCUGGUGCACGCCGAGGGCGCGUUCAACAUCUCGGCGUUUGACAGGAUCAAGACGCUGAAGCUGGAAGAUGCCUAUACCGAGUACGCGAACCAAAACCUGUCGGAGUACUUUGUCGGCGGCCUGGCGCAGGCGGUCAAGGAUCUGGACAAGAUGCCUGAGAACACCAACAUCUUCCGCAAGGUGAAGCAGAAUUCUGACGUGGGCGAGGAUGUGGUGCAGCUCCAGGAGGGCAUCAUGGUCUACCAUGCCAUCAACGACCAGCUUGCCGCGAUUGCCGACGUCGACCGGCUCGUCAAGAAGUUCUGGUGCAUCAAGCGGCAGUACGUGUACUAUCGCCGGAACCGCGAGGGCGGGCACUGCGAGAACGGGCACGCAAGCCUCGACGCCGUGCUGGAGUUUAUUUCACUUGACUUUCACAGACAUUACUGGUGGUACGUCAUAGGCAGACCUUCUAGCCUUUGCGAUAUUAUCGACGUGUCGGCCACGCCCUCCAUGGAGGAUAUGACGGAGUACCUGGACUAG